AGCUACUCGCUAGCAAGACGCAACACCGGCUUACGGAAUUCUUUGUACAAUUCGCACCACACGCCGAUCUGUUAAGUCAGGACUGUAAUACGGUGGGUAAGGUCACUGGUAUUGUCGAUUCGGUAAAAGUUAAACGGCAUAAAAUACCAAAAAGUGUCUUCGUUGAUGAAACUGUCAAUGUCACAAUGACGACAGUUGGAAGCGAAAAUAGAAUCAUUCAAUUACCUUCGAAUAUCUCUAUAUCUGCUGUAUUGGAGACAUCUAACGGGACGUCAUCGUACCAACUGCCAAUCACUGAUCACCUUGAUGGGAAUUACACAGUUAAGUUGAAAGUUCAAGAAAAAGGCAUUAACAGAUUAACUAUGACCGUUGGAGAUAACCAGAUACCAGGAUCACCCUUCAACAUUAAAGCGUUAUCAAUACAGGAUAUGGUUAUGCAGGUUCGGAAAAAUACAAAGGUUAGGAGAGGAAGAGAUUGGAAAUGGGGAAACCAGGACGGUGAUCCACCUGGUGUUGGUACAGUGAAACGUGUAAUCGGUGGUAGUGUGUAUGUAACGUGGGAUCAUGGAAAGACUGAUGAUCUUGGAUUGGGAAAUGUACAAAGUAUACAAAUACCUCUGGGGUGUAAGCGUUUUGACAGUCAAUUUUGUUUUCAUUAUCGCAUGAAUGCUCAUGGGGCCUGUGACUUGCAACCAGCACAGUUCUACUAG